AUGCCCAUUCCACCAUCACCGCUCCUUUCUCACUUGUCCCAUGCCGGAGAAGACUACAUUCCAGGCGUCUUUUCACGUCGUCCUGACCACAUACAGACCAGCCGGUCGGAGAGAGUGAGUCUUGUUCGGGCACCGCAACCAAUUGCCAGAUUGUUGGCGAGCACCGUCGAGGCUUGGGCUCGCCAAAUCGCGAUAAAAUGUGUCGCAUUUUCACCGAUCGGGGCUCGGGAUUCGGCCAACUUCACGACCUUCUGUUAA